CGCAAAACACGUGCAGACAUUCUCCACCAACAAUAGGCUAAGCACCGGCCGGCUGAUGAUAAGCCUUCCCACUUCAUCUUCCCUCCCUCCUCUUCUUGCUCUCUUGUUUCAAACUGAAGAAUUCUGAGAAACAGAACAGAAUACAAUGACUUCACUGCAACUUGACAAAGCAGUACACCUCUCUCAUGGAUUUCAGAAACAGGGUAGAUCAAAAAAAUGCUGCUUCAGUCAUGUGGCUGCCACGAGUAGAUCGAGAAAGCGGAGAACGAGACUUGUUGUGAAUGCAGAAAGCAAGGGAGAGAAGAGGAGCUUCCUGAGUUUGGAGGAGGCUGGACUGGUUGAGAUGUCUGGAUUGAGCACGCACGAACGGUUCCUCUGCAGAUUGACAAUAUCUUCUCUGAACUUGCUAAGAGUGAUCGCGGAGCAAGAGGGGACAAGCAUAGAAGAGCUCAAUGCAGGAAGAAUAUGUGAUUGGUUCCUCAAGGACAAGCUGAAAAGGGAGCAGGAUAUAGGUUCUGCUGUACUUCAGUGGGAUGAGUCAGAGUUCACAAUCUAGUUUCAUUUUUUUCUAUUUAAUUCCCAUAAAUCUCUGUCACCUCCCAUUGAAAUUCUCACAGCUUAUUAUAAGGGAGCGUUUUGCUAGAUAUCUUGUAAGGCCAUGUGAAAAGCAUAAUCAGAAAUGUUGUAUGAUUGAUUUAUACAAUUGAAAGAUUACACCAAGAACA